AACACAACACAACACACUACUCUAUCACAGUCCACAAAGCAAAAGUGAAAAACCGCUUAUUUAUCAAAAAGCGCGAUAGAACGAAAGCGAUUUUAGUGGAAAAAAGGUUUUUGAUAAUCGCCGAUUAUAAACUACGGCGGAAUGGGGAGUGAAACUUUUCUUAACGGCGGUAAGACGGCGGCGGUGAAAGAUUUACCCAAAACGGUUGCGACGGUUAAAGAGGUCGUUAAUCGUCCGGAACAAGAGAUCUUAGACGCUCUUAAAGACUCUAAUAUGGACCCUAAUCUCGCCGUCGAAAAGCUUCUCUCUCAAGAUACGUUUCAUGAGGUGAGAAGCAAACGUGAAAAAAGAAAAGAGGGGAAGGAGGCUUCAGAUUCGAGGACGAGGGGUAAUAGUACCGGGUGGACUAGGAAAGGCAAAAUUGGCAUUGGCAGUGAUCCUGGUGUUUCACAAAGUGGAUUUUCGCAUGUGACUUAUAAGGAAAACGGAAAAUCAGUUGACAAACAAGAUGUCGGGUCAGCUUAUGCAUCGGUUACGUCUUCCAAAACUCAUUAUGUGCCGAAAAGUUCAAUAUCUGAUUCUUCAAAUACCGAUAAUGGAAGACAGUCAUUAGGAACAGGUGUUUCCAUGUCAGAUACUGCCCAAGUGUCUCCAGCACCUCAACCCUGGUCGGUAGGAGUGAGCAAAGGACAUCUUUCAAUGGCAGACGUCGUUAGAAUGGGCAGAACAUCUCAAGACGUUGUUUCACAUAACAAUUGUAAUUCAUUAGGAGUUUCAUCAUCUGGAAAAUCAGAUUCAAGCUUCAGUCUGCCCUGUCAAAAUAGUUCUGAGCAACAAGGUCUCCACGAUGAGUGGCCUGUAGCUGAACAACCAUUCACUGGAAAUGCAAGCGCACUAAAUAUGUCUUCAUCAAAUGUUAAUGGUCCAUUUGAGCAUCCUAACUUGCAUGUUACUGAGUUAAGUUUACACAGGAACAGUGAACUAGAUGCAACUCAAGUUUCAUGGGGGGAGAUUGCUAGGGAUAAUGGUAUUUCUGAAAAAAUUGAUUCUGCUUCUAAUUUAGAGAAUACAACUACCUCCGAUUUUUGUAGUUCUCAUAAGCAUCGUGAAGGUGUGUCAUCUGUUGCUUUGGAUCUCCAGCAGUUAAGUAUGGAGGAAUCUCACCUAAAAGCGCCAUCAUCUGAGGAUGUAGUGGUUCUUCCGAAUCAUUUACAAGCCUUGGCUGCCGAGUGUUCACAUUUGAGUUUUGGUACAUACAAGGGUGGCAAUAAUUCUGCAUCUUCUGCAAAUUUGGCACCUAAUAAUCUUUCUAGAAGUGGCUUGGAGAUGAAAUCUGCAGCUGUAGAUGAUUCUUUGGUUCAGUUUCCAGAUGCCAGUUCUCUAAACCAUGGUAAUGAUCAGCUCGGAUUUGAUACUGUAAACCAUGGUGAUGAUCAACUUGGAUUUGAUGUUCUAAGAGGAACAUCAGGUGAUCAAAGUUAUAACCCUUCAACUCCUUGGGAAGAGCUUGUGAAACACACUGUUUAUGAGAAAACUCUUGGGCAUGAAUACAGCACUGCAGCAUCUAUAUCAGAUCCUAGUUUGCAAAAAUCCCACUGGGAGACUCCUUCACUGCCUUUGAAGCAGCCAGGCUUGCAGAGUGGAAGUCAUUCUUCAUUUCCGGGAGAACUGCAUAAUAAUUCAAACUCGGCACAUCAAGAUUUGUUGGCAUUUCUCCUAGCACAAUCACGUGCAAGACACAUUAAUGCGGGACCACCCAUAAACAAUUUGCCCCUCUCCGUGUCUGAGGACAUGGAACCAGGCACCCUUGCUUUGCAUAACAGACCUACACCUACCCAGGGUUUCACAGUACAACACAAUAAACACUUUCAACAAUUGCCAGACAUGACAGCAUAUCAUUACUUACCCCAGAAUCAGUCAUAUAUGACAGCCAUUGAUUCACAGAGAGCAUUUUCAGACAACACUGCAUAUAAUCGAUAUCCUGCAAACAUGAAUUACAACAACCUUCCGCAAAAUAGAAAUGAGUUCCUUAUGAGUAGAUUGCCUCCUUCAACUGCCGGUGAUGCGCAUGGUUAUGGAAAUCUUGACUCUUCCUUUUAUCAUCCUGGAAACUUAAUGUCUAAUCCAUCUGUUGGUAAUAUGACUCCUUCAAGUAACUUCAAUGAGAUUUUACCUUCUCAAUAUAUUGGUGGACAUAACAUGAGCUCUAUUCAACCGUCUUCUUUCCAGCAGGAUAGCUUUUCUCAAUGGGAUUAUGGGCCGAAAUCAUUAUCUCCAUUUCUCCCUGAGAAAACCCAGUAUAACUUCAUGGGCCAAUCAAGUCAGGCUUCCCUGUCGCAGUAUGCAAGUCCUCAGUAUUCUGAGUUCCAUCCUUCUUGGAACCAAAUUCCAGAAGAACAUAAGCAAUCAGGUAGUGUUCCAGAUUUGUUACCCAGGCAAUUGCAUCAGUUUUGGCAGCAUAACCAUUAACAGAAGCACAGUCCUGCGCGUUUUCCUCCCCCUUUUUUGUCAUUAGGAAUAUUAUCGUAUAGCAAGUUUAGCUGAAAUAGGGCGUAAUACAUUUCAUUUUGAUGAUGUUCGAGCCUUAGUCAAUUGUACAUACUUCAAAGAGAAUGAACUCAAUGCAGUUGUGACAUUUGCAUUAUUUAGUUAUAUUACAGGGGGUGUUUUUUGGUUGCACA